AUUGCCGCACAUGCAGCAUCCAGCGAUUUUAUAAAUUUUGUUAGCCUGUGGUUACAUUGGACGUGAAUCCGGGCGAACUGACGUUUUGACAAAUGAAACAUACGAUCGUGUGCCGAGCAACAGAUAUUUAUUUUCCGAUAUCUAUCCUUUAUCUGUACACAGACUACAACUUUCGAAAAUACAAUUCAGCAGUGUACGAGAGAUACUAACUUAUCAAAAUCGAGAGUCAGAAAGUCAUCUGGAGAAUGUCAAAACCUGAUGCGCCCUGCAGAUUCUUAGUAGAUAUUAUGCAUAUGCCGUAGGAAAAGGCAAGAGCCAUUGAUGACUUACACAAAGUGUUCUAUUUGGAAAAUCUCACAAAAGCAACUUAUACAGACUUAGUGUACAAGUUGAGAUGGACAUAAGUUGAUAAAAGUGGUUGGUCGUUCCACAAUACAUAUUUGAUUGCUUUGACAUACUGAGCUGAUCAGACCGUCAGUUUGCACGAAUUCACGUCCAAUGCAACUACAACAUUAUCAUCCGCUUAAGCAGAUUCCUGAGAUAUCGCCCUUUAUUAAUAAUUUUCAUUAUUAUCACUGUGUGAUAAAUAUAAUCACCACCAGAAGGAAGAAAACUCUCGAGCUAUAGGUACUAUGUAAGUCCGUAAAUGACAGAGAUUUAGCUUAUUGAAAUGAUAAUUUCUAAUGAUUUCAAAUACUACUACAAAAAAGACGAGAAGAACAGCAAGAGUUAAAAAUACAUUAAAAGGUCAAACGGUGACGUCAUCGUAUAGAUAGAAACUUAUCAAGGUAGGAAACACAUCAAAGAUAAUGUGAUUUGUCUGUUUGUACGAUAACCGUAUACACGUAGUUCUAUCAGAUAUCAAGUGUGCCACGAUAAACAUUCGACCGGUAAAAGUAGAUAUUUCGCGGACUUCUGCUCAUUACUCACCAUCGGCCUAUCGACGAAUUACAACGUUUCAUAUAUACAUAUAUAUACAACUUUUUCUAACUUUUUUUCCAAUAAUAUAUUCCGGUGAUUGCGAAUAGCAACCAGCUUGAUCGGUUCAAUGGCGAAGACCACAGACUCUAUUUGCGAUGUACGCAAGCGUACCACAGAAUCCAAAUCUGAAUUACAAUCAAUCGAAAACAAGCAAAACAAUGAUUUUUUAGUUAACUAUCAAAAUCAAUCUUACAAUAUACAAAAGUUUCUUCGGUAUCACCCCGGUGGAACGAAGAUAUUGAAAUACUUUAAAAAUCGAAGCUUAGAGAAGGCGUUCGAAGAAUUUCCCCACUCGCAAGCAGCAUUCCACCUGUUGCAGGACUUCACGUUAAAUCAAGAAAAAUAUCAAAAAUACGAAAAUCUGAUCGAUUGGGACAAAGCUAUACUUGGACAAGUAGGUUCACUGGGUCAUCAUUAUUGGGAAUGGGUCAAUUUACCAGUGUAUAGGGAUAUUAAACUUUUCAAGUCAAACAUCUUAGAAAGUUUAACAAUUACUCCUUGGUAUUUGAUACCGAUAGUAUGGAUUCCGGUGUCUCUCUACUUCUUUUAUAACGGAUUGGCACGCAUCGCUGCCAUCAAUACCGAAAGCACCUUGUUUGAACCUUUAACUUCGUUUAUAUUCGGUAUAUUCAUAUGGACUAUGUUAGAAUACGUACUUCAUCGUGAAGUUUUUCAUUUUAAACCACCCGAUAACUCGAAGCUAUUUAUUACUUUGCACUUUUUACUACACGGUGUUCAUCACAAGGCGCCAUUUGAUAAAAGAAGAUUAGUAUUUCCUAUCCUACCAGCUUUAUUGGUUGCAAAACUGUUACUAAUGAUUUAUAAUGUGGUGUUUCCACAAACGAUUUUUUAUUUUAUACUCUCUGGUACAUCGACAGGUAUUAGUAUUAAAAUAUUUAUAUUUAUUGAUUUUAUCAUAAAUAUCAAUGAUGUAUCAAAUGUAAAAAAAAUUUGUCUCAUAGGCUAUAUGUUUUACGACUUAAUACAUUAUUAUCUACAUCAUGGCGCGCCGAAGUUUGGAACAUAUAUGUACUUAAUGAAAAGGAAUCAUAACUAUCAUCAUUUUUUACAUCACGAUUUAGGUUAUGGUAUCACCAGUAAACUAUGGGAUUAUAUAUUCAGAACGAAUAUUUGUUUGCGGCAAUUGUUGAAGCCCAUUGAAUGGUAAAUCGAUCCAUCCGUAAUGGUAAAUUAUAUACGAACUAUGUACAUACCACAAGCAAACAGUACAAAAAGAAGUCAAUUAUAAUGUACUAUCGUUCGUUUGAUGAUAUACAUAUAUAUUUUAAGUACAAACAAGAAACAAAAUGCACAAGAUACAUGUACAAUAACGUACAUAGAAUCGAACCAAAUCUUUCAGAGAAGAAAGUAUCGUUAUUCAUUGCUAUAAGAACCUCAGCAAAUUGAUGUUUUAAGUACAUGAUCCUUUGAAUAUACGCUUAUUUUAUAUAAAAAUAUUUUGAGCAUACUAAAUAAGUAAAUCAGUAUCAACGAUUAAAAGAAUACGAUCAUCAUCGGUGACAUAAACAAAUGUGAUUAAUUAUAGAUUAAGAUUAUAAAUAAAUGUGAUUAAAGUCCA